AUGAAUAGAGAUAAUAAGCUACCGUUCCCAGAACAACUCCCAGAUGCACCAAAUUCAAGCGACACCAUCAAAGUGAACAACCGUGCUUCGCCUUCUCAGCAGCAGCAGCAGACUCCGAGACUUCCACUGGCAAACGCAAAUUACCGACCCACGGGCCAGGACAUCAUUUGUGGAAGAGGCCGAGGGAGCUUUUCGCACGAAGGAAACCAGGUUUACCUUUCACUUCUACGAAGGAAUGCUCAUGCUUACGUGGGGGCUAAAAAACGAGUGGAAAAGAGCGCAAUCAUCAGCACUAUCGUUUCUUCAUUAAAGGAGAGCGGCUUUCGAUUUCUGAAGCAGGAGGAUAAGAAUAAACGAUGGUACGAGCUGUCGCAACAAGAAUGCUACGACCGAACCGCCCAUGCAAUUCGCGAUCUGAUUCGCAAACAAAAAGGAAGAAACAAGAAACCACCUUCACAGUAUGCCUCAAGGUCUCCAUCUCCAUCCGACAGUGAUAUCAGCGUUGACUCCCACGAGAAGCACGGUUAUACUAUACUGCCUACCAGUUUCGACACUCUCAAUCCACUCACCUCUAUUUUCGAGCAGUCGAUUGCGAAUCAGCAGCUUUCAUCACCAUCCUCCGGCACACUACCAUCCUAUCAUGUGGCAAGCCUGCCUCAGGCAACCAUCAACACGGCCAACCUCAAAAGAGAUGCUGAUUCGUUUGAUGAAGAAAUUAGUGAGAUUCCACCUGAAGUGAUGAGUCCAACUGAUAGAUUAAAGACUGGGGGUUUCGAUGCUUUCUUUGAAUUAGAGCCCGAUGACUUCAAGCAAGUGCUCUCGCAACUGGACACUGAAAAACAAGAGCGAAGAGCUUCAUGGGAGAGCAAAUAA